AUGGUAAAGAACAUAGCCUACGUGCUUGGUGCCUUGACGGCGGGUGGCGGUUCAAUCGGUUACGCUCGAACCGGCUCCGUGCCCUCCAUUGCUGCGGGCCUCACAGUUGGGCUUUUAUAUGGCCUCGGUGGUUACCGCCUACAAACGCGCCAACCCUACGGAGUCGAGCUUGCUCUGCUUGCCUCGGUCGUUCUUGGCGGCUCCUCGAUUCCCCGAGCGAUCCGCCUUCGUAAACCAGUCCCGGUGGUCCUCAGUCUGAUUUCUACGUUCGGUCUCCUCACAUACGGCAACGCCUUCCGCAAGACGUUGUAA